AGGACGCAUUAGUGGUAAAGAUACACUACAACACCAAGAAAGAAAAAGAGUUCUAGAUUUCAAUUAGGUUUCUUAAGAAUAGAUUCUUGUGCUCAAAGAAACCUUAAAACUGUUUAGCUUUUCAAAAGCUUUUUAUCAGAAUCAAUGGAGAUCAAGGCUGAAAAGAUAGAAAUGUCAAGGUUCAAAAGAAUCUGUGUCUUCUGUGGAAGCAGCCAAGGCAAGAAAAGUAGUUACCAAGAUGCUGCUGUUGAGCUUGGCAACGAACUGGUUUCAAGGAAUAUUGAUCUAGUCUAUGGAGGUGGGAGCAUAGGAUUGAUGGGUUUGGUUUCACAAGCUGUUCAUGAUGGUGGUCGUCAUGUUAUUGGAAUUAUUCCCAAGACCCUCAUGCCUAGAGAGUUGACUGGUGAAACAGUAGGAGAAGUAAGGGCAGUUGCAGAUAUGCACCAAAGGAAAGCUGAGAUGGCUAAGCACUCUGAUGCUUUUAUUGCCUUACCAGGUGGCUAUGGAACCCUUGAAGAAUUGCUUGAAGUCAUAACUUGGGCUCAGCUUGGAAUACACGAGAAGCCGGUGGGUUUGCUCAAUGUUGAUGGAUACUACAACUCUCUGCUCUCAUUCAUCGAUAAAGCAGUUGAAGAAGGAUUCAUCAGCACGACUGCUCGUGAGAUCAUCGUCUCUGCUCCUACUGCUAAAGAGCUUGUGAAGAAGCUAGAGGAAUACGCACCUUGCCAUGAAAGUGUUGCGUCUAAGCUUUGUUGGGAGACAUAACGGAUUGAAGAUCAAGAUCAAGAUCAAGAUCUAAUAUCUAUAUAACUAUUUAAAUAUUUUAUAUAUAGAUAAUGAAAAUGUGGGAGAUUUUCAAGAUUUCAAUCUUACUAAAAAGGGAAGGAAUAGAUUCUGGUUAGUUGGGGUAAGUAAAAAAUAUUUCCGCUACGGAGGAAAUUGUUUGUGUAAAUUAUUAUUAGCUGCUGUCUUUUUAACUCCAAACUAAAUGUCUUUUGAUAUAUGUAGACCACCAACUCUGUUCUAUUUAAUUUGUCUUCCAAAAACGAAAAAUCAAUACUCGAUACUUC